CGCUCCCUUGUGAGAUUUGCUGGAAUGUUCCUGUUGUGCGAUAUGAUGAUGAGCGGUGCGCAAUUUUGAAAUUGACUUUUGCAUGAAUGAGAGCGAAAAUCCGUCGACAACAAACACGGAGGAAGGUCGGCCUGUUUUUCCGCGGCGAAGGGUAUGCCUGCAGCAUUGCCCACAAAGCCAAAGUCCGAUAUCUAAUGGCAUCAUGUCGAAGUUCUAUAAAAUGAGAGCACUUCCAUCGUCAACUACUUCUCCAUUUCUCUCAUCUCACCAUCACAUCCAGUCAAUCCUUUAGAACCAGCUCUCCAGCAUCUCUCCUACUCUUAAUUAAUCGGCCCAGCCAAAUCCAACUUCCAACACUCUUUACUCACACAACAACAAACAACAAAAAAACAACCACAAAAACCCAAAAAAACACCGCCAAAAUGCAGAUCAAGACUUUCGCCGCUACCCUCUUCAUCGCCUUCGCUGCUGCCCUUCCCGGCGCCUCCACCGAAGGCACCGAGAGAAGCGAGGCCGUCGGCGCUGCCACCGACAGCACCGAGAGAAGCGACGCCGUCGGCGCUACCCCCGACGUCGCCGAGACCUCCACCUUCAGGGACGGUGUCGCCGUCUCCCAGAAGACGUGGCAGGCUGAUGGGCACUGCGAGUUCAAGUACUGGUCGCUCGAGAACUGCAUCACCCGGUGCAUCUACGAGGCCAAGUUCGGCCCCCAGAGGUGCCCCAAGUCCAACGACAUCAAUGGCAACAGGACCGGUGGCUGCCUGCCCUUCCGCGACACCUGCGAGUGCACUUGCACCUACUAAGCAGGUUCCGGACGCACGCUACCUCGUUCUGGAUUACACAGUGUUUUGGGAUGAGUUAGCUUUGGUCAACUGGGACUUUUGAAAAGGAUCGGUGGAUAUGAAAAGCGAUGGAGCGAUGGUUUGGUUCACAGUCUGCGGCAGUUAUGGACAUGAUGGGUGCAGAUUCCUGGGACGAAAAAGUUUGGGUUUCUGGAUUCCUGUUGAGGCUUGAUUGAACUCAUAUUUAAUAAAAAUCAUCUCGCUCUCAAUCUUGUCUGUGAAUCACUUUGGCAAAAAAACAUUUCUCUUCUCGC